AUGAUUGAGCCCAUUGGGAACCAGUACAUUGUGUCCAGGCCAGUGUAUUCUGCAAAUGCCUUUGGGGAAGAUCACAAGAAGAAAAACAGACAUCAUAAGACAUUUCUGGAUCAUCUCAAAGUGUGUUGUAGCUGUUCCACACAAAAGGCCAAGAGAAUUGCCCUUUCUUUGUUCCCUAUAGCAUCUUGGUUACCAUCAUACCGGGUAAAGGAAUGGCUACUCAGUGACAUUGUUUCUGGAAUCAGCACUGGGUUGGUGGCUGUACUACAAGGUUUGGCAUUUGCCCUACUGGUCAAUAUACCUCCAAGCUAUGGACUAUAUGCAGCCUUUUUUCCAGUCAUAGUCUAUUUUUUCUUGGGCACUUCCAGACACAUAUCUGUAGGUCCAUUUCCAGUUCUGAGUAUGAUGUUGGGAGCAGUUGUGAUGAGAUUAGUUCCAGGAGACAAUACGAAUGAUCUGAACUUGAAUAACUCAACAAAUACUAAUUUAACACUAGAUGAGCAGAGGGUGAGAGUGGCUACAUCAGUCACAGUUCUUUGUGGAAUCAUGCAGGUGCUCAUGGGGUGUCUGCAGGUUGGAUUUGUGGUGAUCUAUCUAUCUGAGUCCUUAAUCAGUGCCUUCACCACAGCUGCCGCUGUUCAUGUUCUGGUUUCCCAGCUCAAAUUUAUGCUGCAGCUGACUGUACCAGCACACUCUGAUCCAUUUUCACUUUUCAAAGUACUAAAUUCCAUUUUCACGCAAAUAGAGAAGACUAAUAUUGCAGACCUUGUGACAUCCUUGAUUAUUCUGUUGGUUGUAUUUGUGGUUAAAGAAAUCAAUCAGCGCUACAAAGCCAAACUUCCAGUGCCCAUCCCAAUUGAACUCUUCAUGACUGUGAUUGCAACAGGUGUAUCCUAUGGCUUUGACUUCAAAAACAGGUUCAAUGUGACUGUCGUUGGGGAGAUGCCAAAAGGAUUUCAGUCCCCUAUCGCACCUGAAAUAAAUUAUUUCCAAGAGACCAUUGGAGACAGCUUCAGUAUUGCAAUUGUCGGCUUUGCAGUGGCCUUUUCUGUUGCCAGUGUUUAUUCCCUCAAAUAUGAUUACCCAAUUGAUGGAAAUCAGGAAUUAAUAGCCUUGGGAGUGAGUAACAUCUUCACUGGAUCCUUCCAAGGAUUUGCUGGCAGCACUGCCCUUUCCAGAUCAGGGGUGCAGGAGAGUACAGGCGGCAAAACACAGAUUGCUGGGCUUCUCUCUGCUCUCAUUGUGCUAAUUGUCAUUUUAGCCAUUGGAUUUCUCCUAGAGCCACUACAAAAGUCUGUCCUGGCAGCUUUAGCACUUGGAAAUCUAAAGGGAAUGCUGAUGCAGUUCACUGAAUUACAAAGAUUAUGGCGAAAGGAUAAGUAUGAUUGUCUAAUUUGGAUCAUGACUUUCAUCUUUUCCAUUGUCCUGGGACUUGGCUUAGGUCUGGCAGCUAGUGUGGCCUUUCAGCUCCUAACCAUCGUAUUCAGGACCCAAUUUCCAAAAUGCAGUACUCUGGCUAAUAUUGGAAGGAGCAACAUCUAUAAGAACAAAAAGGAUUAUUUCGAUAUUUAUGAACCAGAAGGAGUCAAAAUUUUCAGAUGUCCAUCGCCUAUUUACUUUGCAAAUAUUAUGUUUUUUAAGCAGAAACUUAUUGAAACUGUUGGUUUUAGUCCACUUCGAAUUUUACGCAAGCGCAACAAAGCUUUAAAAAAGAUCCGAAAGCUGCAAAAGAAGGGCCUACUACAGUUGACACCAAAAGGUUUCAUAUGUACCAUUGAUAGCUUUAAAGAUUCUGAUGAAGAGCUGGAUAACAAUCAAAUAGAAGAACUGGAUCAACCAAUCAAUACCACAGACCUGCCAUUCCAGAUAGAUUGGAAUACUGAUCUUCCUCUCAACAUUGAGGUUCCUAAAAUCAACAUGCAUAGCCUCAUUCUGGAUUUUUCUGCAGUGUCAUUUCUUGACAUUUCUUCAAUGAGGGGUCUCAAAACGAUUUUGCAAGAAUUUAUCAGGAUCAAGGUUGAUGUGUAUAUUGUUGGAACUGAUGAUGAUUUCAUUGAGAAACUCAAACGGUGUGAAUUUUUUAACGAUGAAGUCCAGGAUUCAAUAUUUUUCCUAACAAUUCAUGAUGCCAUUUUGCAUAUUUGGAUGAAGAGGGAUUAUAGCACUUCAAAAUUUAAUCCCACUCAGGAAAAAGAAAAACAUUUGGAUUGUACCAUAAAUACAAAUGGAGGAUUACGUAAUCGGGAAUGCCUGGUACCAGUUGAAACAAAAUUCUAA